AUGCCUGGAUUGAAUCCUAAAGUAGCGGUCCAUCAGUUGACAAUCAAAAAUGGUUCUCGUCCCAUUAAACAAGCUCAAAGACGCUUUAGGCCAGACUUGGUUCCAUUAAUAGAAAAUGAAGUUAAUAAACUCAUUGAGGCAGGCUUUAUUCGUGAGGUUAAAUAUCCUAUAUGGAUUUCAAGUAUUGUUCCUGUGAAGAAGAAGAAUGGUCAAAUUCGAGUAUGUGUUGACUUUAGAGAUCUUAAUAAUGCAUGCCCUAAAGAUGAGUUUCCUCUUCCCAUUCCAGAGCUGAUGAUUGAUGCCACCACUGGAUAUGAGGCAAUGUCAUUCAUGGACGGUUCUUCUGGCUAUAAUCAAAUCUGCAUGGCUCCAAAGGAUGAAGAACUCACCGCAUUUCGCACACCUAAGGGUAUUUAUUGCUACAAAGUGAUGUCAUUUGGUUUAAAGAAUGCUGGUGCUACAUAUCAAAGGGCUAUGCAAAAUAAAAAUGUUGAAUGUUAUGUGGAUGACCUGGUGGUAAAAUCCAGAAAGAGGAGUGAUCAUUUGAAAGACUUAAGAAUGGUGUUUGAGCUGCUUCGAAGAUAUCAACUAAGGAUGAAUCCAUUGAAGUGUGCCUUUGGAGUUACUUCUGAAAAGUUUCUUGGCUUCAUUGUGAGACAUCGAGGAAUUGAAAUUGAUCAAGCCAAAGUUGAUGCAGUAUUGAAGAUGCCUGCACCUCAAAACAUUCAUGAGUUAAAAAGUCUCCAAGGAAAGCUAGCCUACUUGAGGAGGUUCAUCUCAAACCUAGCAGGACGAUGCCAACCAUUUGGUCAUCUCAUGAAGAAAGGCGCUCUUUUUAAUUGGGACGAAACAUGUAGCGAUGCCUUUAAAAGUAUCAAGUCAUAUCUAGCAAAACCUCCAGUUUUGGCAGCCCCUAUACCUGGAAAGCCAUUGAUACUCUACAUUGCGGCACAAGAAAGGUCCGUAGGAGCCCUGUUAGCUCAAGAGAAUAGUGAAGGCAAAGAAAACUCUCUUUACUACUUGAGUAGAACGAUGACACCAAAUGAGCUGAACUAUUCACCGAUUGAAAAAUUGUGCUUGGCGCUAGUCUUCUCAAUUCAAAAGAUGAAGCAUUAUUUUCAAGUCCAUGUUGUUCGUCUUAUUUCUAGAGCAAAUCCCAUCAAGUUUGUUAUGUUGAAACCUGUCCUUAGUGACCGACUAGCAAGAUGGUACCUCCAAUUCCAACAGUUUGAGAUCGUGUACAUCCCUCAAAAAGCUGUGAAAGGACAAGCAUUGGCGAAUUUCUUGGCAGACCAUCCGAUACCGAAUGAUUGGGAUUUAACUGAUGAGCUUCCUGAUGAAGAUGCAAUGUUAAUUGAAGUUCUACCUCCUUGGAAAAUGUACUUUGAUGGAGCUGCACAUCGUGGCGGAGCUGGUGCUGGUGUAGUGUUCAUUACUUCACAAGAAGAGAUCCUACCAUUCUCAUUUUCUUUGAAGCAAUGUUGCUCCAAUAAUGUCGCUGAAUACCAAGCGUUGAUACUUGGACUUGAGAUGGCCGUUGACAUGAAGCAAUUAAACUUACAAGUCUUUGGUGACUCUCAGUUGGUGAUCAACCAACUCUUGGGAAGUUAUGAGGUGAAGAAGCCUGAAUUGCGUCCUUAUCAUGAUUAUGCUCAAAAGUUGAUAGGAUGGCUUGGAGAUGUAACCCUUCAACAUGUGCGUAGAACGGAGAAUAAGAAAGCUGAUGCAUUGGCUGCUCUAGCUUCAACACUAACCCUUCCUGAUCAGACGCAAGUGACUAUUUGUCAAAAAUGGAUAGUACCACCGCCAAAUGAGGAAGAAUGUAUAGAAAAUGAGUUUAAUCAUUUCGUCGCCAUUUCUGAAGUCGCGAAGGAAGAGUGGAGACAACCCAUUAUUGACUACAUGUGUUAUGGGAUACUUCCAGAAAAUCCAAAGAGAAGGACUGGCAUUCGUCGUCAUGCACCUCGCUUCAUUUAUUACAAGGACACAUUAUAUAGAAGAUCAUUUGAGGGUGUACUAUUACGAUGUCUGGGAGAGGAAGAAGCAAUUCAAGCUUUACAAGAAGCACACUCGGGAGUGUGUGGAUCACAUCAAUCUGGACCAAAACUCCACUUUCACAUAAAGAGGAUGGGGUAUUAUUGGCCAACCAUGGUGAAGGAUUGCUUAGAUUAUGCUCGGAGGUACGAUGCUUGUCAAUUUCAUGCGAAUUUUAUACAUCAGCCGCCCGAAGCUGAAGCUGUCGCUCUUAAAGAAGUGAAGAAAGAGAAUGUUGCAAAUUUUAUCCUAGUGAAUAUCAUAUAUCGCUUUGGCAUUCCUCGCUACAUUAUAACAGACAAUGGCAAGCCAUUUGAUAAUAAGUUAAUGAACAAAAUUUGUGAUCUCUUUAACUUCAAGCAGCGUAAAUCUUCUAUGUAUCAUGCUGCCGCCAAUGGUCUUGCUAAAGCAUUUAAUAAGACUCUAUGCAACUUCCUUAAGAAAGUUGUCUCCAAGUCCAAGCGAGAUUUGCAUGAAAGAAUGGAAGAAGCUUUGUGGGCAUAUAGAACGACAUACCGCACUCCAACUCAAGCAACACCAUAUUCACUUGCUUUUGGAGUUGAAGCAGUCUUGCCACUUGAGCGUCAAAUACCUUCCUUGAGACUCGCUAUUCAAGAAGGGCUCACUGAAGAAGAAAAUGAUCGACUUUAUCUUGCUGAGUUAGAAGCACUUGAUGAAAAGAGGCUAGAAGCCCAACAAAACCUUGAAUGUUAUCAAGCUCGUCUAUCUCGUGCUUUCAAUAAGAAGGUUCGCUUGAGGUGCUUCCAAGUUGGAGACCAAGUUCUCGCAAUAAGAAGACCCAUCAUUACUUCGCACAAGUCUGGGGGCAAAUUUACCUCAAAGUGGGAUGGACCGUAUGUCGUACAAGAAACAUAUUCACAUGGUGCUUACAAGCUUGUUGAUGCAGAUGGCGCUGAAGGUCUUCAAGUCUUCCAAGUAUGCAAGUUGAAGUCUUCAAAUCCUCCAAGUAUACAGACUGAAGGUUUUCAAGUCUUCCAAAUAUGCAAGUUGAAGUCUUCAAAUCCUCCAAGUAUACAGGCUAAAGGUCUUCAAGUCUUCCAAGUAUGCAAGUUGAAGUCUUCAAAUCCUCUAAGUAUACAGGAUGAAGGUCUUCAAGUCUUCCAA